UUGAGUUGUGAGUGAGAAGAGGCACACCGACAGACAGACAGACAGACAGACGCUGCUCUCAGAGACAAAAUGGCUUCCAUGUCAGAGGAGGAUUUCUGCUGUUCGGUCUGUCAUGAAGUCUUUAGAGAUCCUGUUGUUCUGUCAUGUAGCCACAGCUUCUGUAAAGACUGUCUGCAGAGCUGGUGGACAGAGAAACAGACACAGGACUGUCCAGUUUGUAAGAGAAGAUCUUCAAAGUCAGAACCACCUCGUAACCUGGAGUUAAAGAAGCUGUGUGAGAGUUUCUUACAGCAGAGAGAUCAGAGAGCUUCAGAGGCUCUCUGCCGUCUGCACUCUGAGAAACUCAAACUCUUCUGUCUGGACCAUCAGCAGCCGGUGUGUGUCUUCUGCAGAGAUUCAGAAAAACACACCAACCACAGAUUCAGACCCAUCGAGGAAGCUGCACGACAACACAAGGAGGAACUUCACGAAACUCUGGAGCCCUUGAAGAAGAAGAUAAAGGUUUUUGAACAAGUUAAAGUGAAGUUUGAUCAAACAGCAGAACACCUGAAGGUCCAGGCCCGACGCACAGAGACGCAGAUUAAAGAUCAGUUUAAGAAGCUUCACCAGUUUCUAGAAGAGGAAGAGGAGGCCAGGAUGGCUGCACUGAGGGAGGAAGAGGAGCAGAAGAGUCAGAGGAUGAAGGAGAAGAUGGAGGCUCUGAGCAGAGAGAUAGCAGCUCUUUCAGACACAGUCAGAGCCACAGAGGAGCAGCUGAGAACUGAAGACGUCUCAUUCCUGAUCAACUACAAGGCUGCAGUGGAAAGAGUCCAGCAGUUCCCCCUCCUGGAUGAACCACAGCUGCUCUCAGGAGCUCUGAUAGACGAGGCCAAACACCUGGGACACCUGAGCUUCAACAUCUGGAACAAGAUGAAGGACAUGGUGUCCUACUCUCCUCUGAUUCUGGACCCAAACACUGCUGGUCCAUUACUCAUCCUGUCUGAAGAUCUGACCAGUGUGAGACUAGGAGAGAAACAGCAGCUUCCUGAUAAUCCAGAGAGGCUUGAUGAUUACAUCUCUAUCCUGGGCACUGAGGGCUUUAACUCAGGUACUCACAGCUGGGAUGUCAAGGUUGGAGACAUUACAGACUGGAUGCUAGGUGUGUUAGCAGAGUCUGUCCCAAGGAAGGGAGACAAUCAGUCUGGAUUAUGGACAAUACGGUUCUCUAGAGGUAAAUACUCAGCGUGGUCUCCACCAGCUCUAGACACUGUUCUCCCGUUUAAGAAGCAGCUCCAGAGGAUCAGAGUGACUCUGGACUGGAACAGAGGAAAGCUGUCGUUCUCUGAUCCUGACACUAACACACACAUACACACCUUCACACACACUUUCACUGAGAGGAUGUUUCCAUACGUUAAAACUGAGGAUGAAGUCCCACUGAAGAUAUCACCACUGAAGGUCUUGAAAAGAGACACACCGACAGACAGACGAGACAAAAUGGCUUCCAUGUCAGAGGAGGAUUUCUGCUGUUCAGUCUGUCAUGAAGUCUUUAGAGAUCCUGUUGUUCUGUCAUGUAGCCACAGCUUCUGUAAAGACUGUCUGAAGAGCUGGUGGACAGAGAAACCAACACAGGAGUGUCCAGUUUGUAAGAGAAGAUCUUCAAGGCCAGAACCACCUCUUAACCUGGAGUUAAAGAAGCUGUGUGAGAGUUUCUUACAGCAGAGAGAUCAGAGAGCUUCAGAGGCUCUCUGCCGUCUGCACUCUGAGAAACUCAAACUCUUCUGUCUGGACCAUCAGCAGCCAGUGUGUGUCGUCUGUCUACAUUCAGAAAAACACUCCAACCACAGAAUCAGACCCAUCGAUGAAGCUGCACGACAACACAAGAAGGAACUCCAGGAAACUCUGGAGAACUUAAAGAAGAAGUUAAAGGUUUUUGAACAAGUUAAAGUGAAGUUUGAUCAAACAGCAGAACACUUGAAGGUCCAGGCCCGAUGCACAGAGACACAGAUUAAGGAUCAGUUUAACAAGCUUCAUCAGUUUCUAGAAGAGGAAGAGGAGGCCAGGAUGGCUGCACUGAGGGAGGAAGAGGAGCAGAAGAGUCAGAGGAUGAAGGAGAAGAUGGAGGCUCUGAGCAGAGAGAUAGCAGCUCUUUCAGACACAGUCAGAGCCACAGAGGAGCAGCUGAGAGCUGAAGACGUCUCAUUCCUGAUCAACUACAAGGCUGCAGUGGAAAGAGUCCAGCAGCGCCCCCUGCUGGAUGAUCCACAGCUGCUCUCAGGAGCUCUGAUAGACGAGGCCAAACACCUGGGCAACCUGAGCUUCAACAUCUGGAACAAGAUGAAGGACAUGGUCUCCUACACUCCUCUGAUUCUGGACCCAAACACUGCUGGUCCAUUACUCAUCCUGUCUGAAGAUCUGACCAGUGUGAGACUUGGAGGAGACAGACAGAAGCUUCCUGAUAAUCCAGAGAGGUUUGAUUAUUACUUCUCUGUCCUGGGCUCGGAGGGCUUUAACUCAGGGACUCACAGCUGGGAUGUCGAAGUUGGAGACAACAAAUCCUGGAUACUGGGUGUGUCAGCAGAGUCUGACCAGAGGAAGGGAGUCAUAGCUUCUGGAUUAUGGAUAAUAUGGUUCUCUAAAGGUAAAUACUUAGAGUGGUCUCCACCAGCUCCACCCACUUAUCUCCCAUUUAAGAAGCAGCUCCAGAGGAUCAGAGUGACUCUGGACUGGAACAGAGGAAAGCUGUCGUUCUCUGAUCCUGAUACUGACACACACAUACACACCUUCACACACACUUUCACUGAGAGGCUGUUUCCAUACAUUUACACAGGAGAAGAAAUCCCACUGAAGAUAUCACCACUGAAGGUCUGUGUGACCUUCAGUGGUGUAGUGACCUAGGGGUGGAACAAUACACAGAAGUCAUGGUUCGGUUCAUACCUCGGUUCAGACAUCACGGUUCGGUUCAGUACAAUGGAUACAAUUUUUAGUGUGCAUGAUGUCUCAGGCUGUACCACCCAGUGUCAUACAGUCUCUCCCCUGAGCUAGUUGCAACAGCCUGAAGUGUAUAAAGUAAGAUGUAAACAGUAAGUACCCAACAUCAUCUCCAGACUCCAUCUGGAACUUGUAAACAAAAUAAGACAAUCAGCUAGUAGUGUGAUAUGGGAGAUAAGCGCUGCUCUCAUAUGUGAAUGCACAUAGCAGGGAUGUUAAAAGAGCAGCUUCGGUUACACAGAGCAGUUGACGAGUUAAAAUAGACUUUAUUAAUCCCACACUGAGGAAAUUCCUUAGUGGAGAAAUUCCUUAGAGUUUUGGUGUUAGCUUAACAGCGGAGCUAACAGCAAACAGCGGAGCUAACAGUGGAACUAACAGCUAACGGCGGAGCUAACAGUGGAACUAACAGCAAACAGCGGAGCUAACAGUGGAACUAACAGCUAACGGCGGAGCUAACAGCAUAGCUAACAGCGAAGCAAACAGGCCUGGAGGCUAUUUGUGGUCGAGGCAAGAAGGGAUACAGCUAAGUCCGUGUUUUGUUUGGAAGGGGCUAGUUUGCCUCGUGUGGCCCAUGGUGUGGACUCACUGGACCGACUCGACAUGUAGGCAUUGUUGUAUUGUAGGCGGAGCUCAGAGCUUCAGAGCUAAGG